AUGAGAGGAGGGGUACCUGAUGACUGUGAGAGGGAGGUACCUGAUGACUGUGUCUCCUCUUCCCCAUUACGAAUCGGAAUAAGCCGAAGAGGCAGCGAGCGAGGGAUUAGAGCGAGGUUCAUCCUGGUUUUCAGCUGCCUGGUUCUGUCCGUCUUCUCCACAAUUCCGGCCCACCAGGACACCUCCUCCUACUCGCUGCUCAUUCUGGAGUUUGUGAUGAUCGUGGUCUUCGGCCUGGAGUACAUCAUCCGUAUUUGGUCGGCAGGAUGCUGCUGUCGUUACCGCGGAUUGCCGGGCCGCCUCCGCUUCGCCCGGAAACCUUUCUGCGUCAUUGACAUCAUCGUGCUGAUUGCGUCCGUGGCGGUGGUGUCGGCGGGGAGUCAGGGGAACAUCUUUGCCACGUCGGUGCUGCGGAGCCUGCGCUUCCUGCAGAUUCUGAGGAUGGUGCGGAUGGACCGGAGAGGGGGCACCUGGAAACUGCUGGGAUCCGUGGUCUACGCUCACAGCAAGGAGCUGGUGACGGCCUGGUACAUCGGCUUCCUGGUGCUCAUCUUUUCCUCGUUUCUGGUUUAUUUGGUGGAGAACAAGUUUAAUAAAGAGUUUGCGACGUACGCAGAUGCGCUGUGGUGGGGCACGAUCACCUUGACGACCAUUGGUUACGGAGACAAAACACCAAAGACGUGGACGGGGAGAAUGUUAUCUGCAGGCUUCGCUCUCCUGGGGAUCUCCUUCUUUGCCUUGCCAGCGGGAAUUCUGGGCUCAGGUUUUGCUUUGAAAGUGCAGGAGCAGCACCGGCAGAAGCACUUUGAGAAGAGGAGGAACCCGGCCGCGUACCUCAUCCAGUGUGUGUGGCGUAGCUAUGCGGCCGAUGAGAACUCAGUUUCCAUUGCGACCUGGAAGCCUCACUUGAAGGCGUUGCAUACCUGCAGCCCGACAAAGAAGGAGCAGGGAGAGUCCAACACAAGCCAAAAGUUGAGUUUCAAAGAGCGCGUGCGAAUGGCCAGCCCACGGGGUCAGAGCAUCAAGAACCGGCAGACGUCUUCGGUGAACGAUCGGCGCUCCCCGGUGGCGGACGCUGGUACUGAGGGCACGAGUCCGGCCAAAGUGCAGAAGAGCUGGAGCUUCAACGACCGCACUCGCUUCAGACCAUCUCUGCGCCUCAAGAGCACGUCCCGCUCCACCACGGACGCGGACUCCAACAUGGCCGCCGAGGAUGCCUUUGACGACAAGGGCUGCCACUGCGAGAUCUCUGUGGAGGACCUGCUGCCCUCGGUCAAGACGGUCAUUCGAGCUGUGAGGAUUAUGAAGUUUCACGUGGCCAAAAAGAAGUUCAAAGAGACGCUGCGGCCGUACGACGUGAAGGACGUGAUAGAGCAGUACUCAGCCGGACACCUGGACAUGCUCUGUCGCAUUAAGAGCCUUCAGACACGGCUGGACAUGAUUGUAGGCUCCCAGUCGCUGAGCAGCCGGUCUCGGAUGUUUUCCUCUCCCUCAUUCCCACCGUAUUACAGCCAGGGCCGAAAGAACUCCACCCAGGGAGUGGACCAGAUCCUGGGCAAGGGUCAGAUUCCUCUGGAUAAAAAGUUGAGGGAGAAGCUGCUGUCUGACGGAGACCUGCUGGAGGACGUGAGCAUGCUGGGCCGAGUCUGCAAAGUGGAGAGACAGGUCCAGUCCAUAGAGUCCAAGCUGGACUCACUGCUGGACAUUUAUCGUCAGGUUUUAAGAAAAGGCUCUUCGUCCGCUCUCACUCUUGCGUCGCUGCCGCUGUUCGAGUUGGAGCAGACGUCUGAUUAUCACUCCUCGGUCUUCAGUAAAGACAGCUCCUGCUCCACACAGCUGAGCAGUGGAGCGGCGCCCUCUGCUGGAUGUGCCACUCGCUCCUCCACCAGCUCUCACCUGUCGCAGGGAGGACUGCACCUGGUUCUGGCUCCGCCCUCUGAGCUCAACCUGAACGCCUCCUCCUCUCCGCCUCCCCCCUCCUUCAGCCCCUCACCGCUGUCCCAUCACAACCACCACCACCACCACUACCGCCGCCACCGCCAGCCCCCAACCCCAGAGAGCACGGACGAGGCCGUCCUGACCCCCAACAGUGUCUCCAGUGGGACUCUGAGGGACGGGGGCUUCCCUCUCCUCGCCAGGCUCCCUCCUCCGCCUCCUCCGAGCAGAAACGGAGGGACCAACAAACUGGUGCGCACCACAUCUAUAGAGGUUUCCUCUGACAUAAGUGACUUAGUUGGAGGUCUGGGUAACCAUGGAGAUGUGGAGGACAGCGGUACAGCAGAGCGGCCGGGAGUGGUUGGGCUGGACCACCUGGGCUUCCAGCUCCAGGGCGGGACCAACAACACCAAGCUGAACCCCAAAGAGGAGGGCUCCUGGAGGAGACACAUGAGCCUGGAGCUGGAGCCCCUGGUGGCCCCGGUGCGCAGCUGCUGCUCCGGGACCGUCCCAGGAGACCGGGCUCUGGGGAAGUCCGUGUCUGUGCAGGACCUGAUCCAGAGGCGUCAGAACAGCCAGGACUUCUGCUUGUCCUCUCCCACACCCAGCACCAGCAGCGACUCCCCCAUCGGCUUCCACUGCAGCCAGGACUCAGGCGGGGGCCAGGGCGGGACGUCCCAGAACAGUGGAGGGUGGGGAGAGGAGGACCUCUUCAUCAGCGACAGGGACACAGAGGGGCAAAGCUUUGACUUUCUCUCAUCGCAGGGAAACACAGAGGCCAAGUUCAGCCACGAUCUGCUCAGGACUGGAGCCAGGACCAUGGGCUCCAACCAGAGCCUGACCAGCGGACACACCUCGUCCCCCUCCACCGGCAGCACCGAAUUACUCAACAUGCCCCAUGUGCGGCUAAAAUAA